AGAGCUGCAGAAUGGGUGUGAGAGAGCAAUGCAGCACUGCAGCACAAAAACCUCCAGACUGAUCAGAGAUCUGCUGUUGAACACAGCUCUACACAACCGUUCCAUAAAGCUGUAGCCUUCUUUCUCUGUUUAUUCAGAGCUCAUUGCCCUUGGAGGAAGACAGCUGGAACGAUGAGGCUGCUGAAAGGACAGCCAACAACAAAGCUACUUGUGUGGACUGUUACUCUGUCAGUUUUAAUGAAUCCUAUUCUUACUGAUGAUAACGAUGAUGAUGAAGAUGAUGAUGACAACGGUGAUGAAGAAAUGACUGUGUGUCAGGAGGAAGAUCAUGACCUUAGAGUGACCUGCCCGCUGCGACCUAAACCAAACUACCACACUGAGUUCGAGUUCUCCAUGUCCAAGGGCAGACGAGAAGUCAUCGUUAACACCAACGUAUCUGGGACGAUGCCUGAUUACAGAUUCAGGCAUAACACUUAUGUGGAAGAGCUGGAACCGUAUGGGUUCAAACUGACCAUAAUGAGCUUCACCCUAACAGAGAACACAACAUUCAUAUGCAGAGUGACAAACGAAGACAAGAGACUGUUUGUUGACGUGGAUACCCUGCAGCCCUGCUCUGCAAUCUGUGUGUUUCUUCAGAGUUACCCCUGGUUGCUGAGUCUCCUGCUUCCUCUCUGUAUUCUUCAGACACUGGAGGCCCUUUAAGCAUCAGUCUGAAGCACUGCUGCCCUCUGCCAAUAUAUCAGUGUGUCAGUUUCUCAGUGUCAUAUCAGUGAUGAAAGCCGAUCAUUAUAAUGCUCUGUAAUUUUACAGCACUAUUUUAGAUAUGUAAAGUAAGUGCCAAUAGCUGCCUCUAUGAUGGUGUCUUUUGUCACAUCUGAUGCAUUAGCAUGUUGCUCAAAACUAUGUUGCUAUGUCUGAGUAAAACUAAUUGCUAAUGGUGUUUGGGUCAAAUUCAUCUGUAGCAGCAUUUAUGAGCUGGAUUUAAACAUCCUUUGGGUUGAAGUUACAGGACAUGACAAUUCAUGUAGUAAGACAACAUUUAUGGUCUUUACCUUAAGUGUACAUUUAUUUAAAUGGCUUUUCCCUAUUUUUAUUAUUUUAUUUAUUUACUCUGAAAUUGCUAUUUGUAUUAAUUUUAUGUAUGUAUACUAACUCAGCAUUAGCCUUAAAUUAUUAUAUCUGUUAUACAGAAUGUUAAGGGCAAACUGAAGUUUAUGUAGGUUAAAUUCAAUGUUAAGGGUGGCUGUGUGCUACUUCUGCAUAAUAACCAAUUUUUGUGUUAUUAUUAUUAUUAUUAUUAUUAUUAUUAUUAUUAUUAUUAUUAUUAUUAUUAUUAUUAUUAUUAUUAUUAUUAUUAUUACUGCUGAUUAGUUGAUCCUGGGCCCAGGGGCACCCAUGUCUAUAAAAGAUUAGCCAUGGGUCUUUUUUCAAGUUUUUUCCCCUCUUUUUUCUGUUUAUCUAUCUCCACUUAAGGACAAAGUAAGGCUUUUUAUAUUGCUGGAACUUCAAUCCAAGCAGCAUACACGUGACCCAUAGUGUCUUGAAUACAAUAUGCAGCUAUAAACAAAUUCACACACCUUGCAGAAAGAUAAGUAUCCUAUUCAACAUGAGAACACUGUGGCAGCAAUAAAAAGAAUAAUAAAAAUCCCCAUUCCAAUCAUAUACACCAUGCGCACCAACACAUAAAACCCACAUUGUUAAAAAAAGUUUAUGCAUUUGUUAAUGUAUAUAUAAAUUGCAUUAUUUUAGCAGUUGCAGUUAAAAAAAUCCUGAAAUAUCUCUUAGUCCCUCACACUUAUAACUGUCUUCAUUUAACUUAAUAAUAGUGUUGUGGCUCAGUUUAAUGUCAUUCAGAUUGAGCAUUCAGUUUAAAUCCAUGCUCAUCAAGGGCCAAUCUUUGACCAAGGCCUUGGGACAUGUGUCUAGUCAGUUAUCCAAUUUUUUCUUUAUCUUUUUUCUUCUUAUUUUUCUUAGUAGUAGUAGUAGUAGUAGUAAUAAUACUAAUUAUUAUUAUUAUUAUUAUUAUUAUUAUUAUUAUUAUUAUAUUAAUAUAUUAUUAUUAGUAGUAGUAGUAGCAGUAGUAGAAGUAGUAGUAAUAUUGGUAUUAUUAUUAAAUUAUUAUUGUUGUUGUGUUGUUAUGUGAUAUAAUUAAUGUGUGCGGGCUCCUUUAAGAGCGUUACUUAAUGAUGAUGUCAUCAGCGUCAGACUAGUUCUAACUUCUAGUCGGUUGUUUAUGGGAAGCCAUCAAGCCCUCAUGGCAGCUCUGUCAAUCUUAAUUCAUCUGCUACAUUUCAUCUUCUUUCGUUGGCAUUGUUGGUAUGUUGAGUCAUGUUAAAAGGUUGUCUAUACUAUAUAAAUAACUAUAUUUGUCAGUAUUUUACAUUUUGUUCUAAGAGUUCAUUUAAAUUUGAAAUCCAAAUAUUUACAGUACAGACAAGUGUUAAAUAUAUAUUGCUUUAAAAUGUGCAUGUUGGACACAAAGGACUUUAAAUAUUAGUUGUGUGAUAUGUUUUAUUUAUGAAUACAUGUUUGAUUCUCAUGUUAUGUAAACAACUUUCAUUAAUUAGCUAAAAUUCAUUCUUUUCUUUGUUUUACCCUACUUCCAGUCAACCAUUAAACGAAGUGAAUUGGAUGUCUGCUUCAGUGUGGUGAUUGGUAGAGGAGUUGUCUGUCUGUCAACUGAUGCAAGGCGUAUUAGGGUGGCAGAAUAGUUGUUGUUGUUGGUGGUGGUGGUGUUUUAUUUGUUUAUUUGAUCUCAUCUAUAACAGUAAUGAUUAUCUGUAUGCUGCUUUGACUGCUUUCUGUAUCAUUCAAAUAAACUUAGACACAGUCUGGAUAUGUGUCAUAACCAUC